AAUAUAAUCAUGGCCAAACCUUAUGAAUUUAAUUGGCAGAAGGAAGUUCCUUCGUUUUUGCAAGAAGGAGCAGUUUUUGACAGAUAUGAAGAGGAAUCCUUUGUGUUUGAACCCAACUGCCUCUUCAAGGUGGAUGAAUUUGGCUUCUUUCUGACCUGGAGAAGUGAAGGCAAGGAAGGACAAGUUCUAGAAUGUUCUCUCAUCAACAGUGUUCGACUGGGAGCCACACCAAAGGAUCCCAAAAUUUUGGCUGCUCUUGAAGCUAUUGGAAAGUCAGAAAAUGACCUGGAAGGGCGGGUAGUUUGUGUCUGCAGUGGUACAGAUCUGGUGAACAUCAGUUUCACAUACAUGGUGGCUGAAAAUUCAGAAGUAACUAAGCAAUGGGUCGAAGGCCUGAGAUCCAUCAUACACAACUUCAGGGCCAACAAUGUCAGUCCCAUGACAUGCCUCAAGAAACACUGGAUGAAAUUGGCAUUUAUGACCAACACAAAUGGGAAAAUUCCAGUUAGGAGUAUUACCAGAACCUUUGCAUCGGGGAAAACAGAAAAGGUGAUCUUUCAAGCACUCAAGGAGCUAGGUCUUCCCAGUGGAAAGAAUGAUGAAAUUGAACCUGCAGCAUUUACUUAUGAAAAGUUCUAUGAACUGACACAAAAGAUUUGUCCUCGGACAGAUAUAGAGGAUCUUUUUAAAAAAAUCAAUGGAGACAAAACUGAUUAUUUAACGGUAGACCAAUUAGUGAGCUUUCUAAAUGAACAUCAACGAGAUCCUCGAUUGAAUGAAAUUUUAUUCCCAUUUUAUGAUACUAAAAGGGCAAUGCAGAUCAUUGAGAUGUAUGAGCCUGAUGAAGACUUGAAGAAAAAAGGCCAAAUAUCAAGUGAUGGGUUUUGCAGAUACCUGAUGUCAGAUGAAAAUGCCCCAGUCUUCCUAGAUCGCCUAGAGCUUUACCAAGAAAUGGACCACCCUCUGGCUCACUACUUCAUCAGCUCUUCCCACAACACCUAUCUCACUGGCAGACAGUUUGGUGGCAAGUCUUCAGUAGAAAUGUACAGACAGGUCCUCCUGGCUGGUUGCAGAUGUGUUGAACUUGACUGUUGGGAUGGAAAAGGUGAGGACCAAGAACCAAUAAUAACUCAUGGAAAAGCAAUGUGCACAGAUAUCCUUUUUAAGGAUGUUAUUCAAGCCAUCAAGGAAACUGCAUUUGUCACAUCUGAAUAUCCUGUAAUUCUCUCCUUUGAAAAUCACUGCAGCAAAUAUCAACAGUACAAGAUGUCCAAAUAUUGCGAAGAUCUAUUUGGAGAUCUCCUGUUGAAACAAGCACUUGAAUCACAUCCACUGGAACCAGGCAGGCCUUUGCCAUCCCCAAAUGACCUCAAAAGAAAAAUACUCAUCAAAAAUAAACGGCUGAAACCUGAGGUUGAAAAAAAACAGCUUGAAGCUUUGAAAAGUAUGAUGGAAGCAGGAGAAUCCGCUGCCCCAGUGAACAUCUUAGAGGAUGACAAUGAAGAGGAAAUAGAAAGUGCUGAGCAAGAGGAAGAAGCUCACCCUGAAUACAAAUAUGGAAAUGAACUUUCUGCGGACGACUUGGGUCACAAGGAAGCUAUUGCCAAUAGUGUUAAGAAGGGCCUGGUAACUAUAGAAGAUGAGCAGGCAUGGAUGGCAUCUUAUAAAUAUGUAGGCGCCACCACUAAUAUCCAUCCAUAUUUGUCCACAAUGAUCAACUAUGCACAGCCCGUAAAGUUUCAAGGUUUCCACGUGGCUGAAGAACGCAAUAUUCAUUAUAACAUGUCUUCUUUUAAUGAGUCAGUUGGUCUAGGCUACUUGAAGACACAUGCGAUUGAAUUUGUGAAUUAUAACAAACGGCAAAUGAGCCGCAUUUACCCCAAGGGAGGCCGAGUCGAUUCCAGUAAUUACAUGCCUCAGAUUUUCUGGAACGCUGGCUGCCAGAUGGUUUCGCUGAACUAUCAAACCCCAGAUUUAGCGAUGCAAUUGAAUCAGGGAAAAUUUGAGUAUAAUGGAUCGUGCGGGUACCUUCUCAAACCAGAUUUCAUGAGACGGCCCGAUAGAACAUUUGAUCCCUUCUCUGAAACGCCUGUUGAUGGGGUUAUUGCAGCCACUUGCUCAGUGCAGGUCAUAUCAGGUCAGUUCUUAUCAGAUAAAAAAAUUGGCACAUAUGUAGAAGUGGAUAUGUAUGGGUUGCCCACCGACACUAUCCGGAAGGAAUUCCGAACACGCAUGGUGAUGAACAAUGGACUCAAUCCAGUUUACAAUGAAGAAUCAUUUGUAUUUCGGAAGGUGAUCCUCCCUGACCUGGCAGUCUUGAGACUUGCAGUGUAUGAUGACAACAACAAGCUGAUUGGCCAGAGGAUUCUGCCACUGGAUGGCCUCCAAGCAGGCUAUCGACACAUUUCUCUUCGAAAUGAGGGAAAUAAACCUUUAUCACUGCCAACAAUUUUCUGCAAUAUUGUUCUUAAAACAUAUGUGCCUGAUGGAUUUGGAGAUAUUGUGGAUGCUUUAUCAGAUCCAAAGAAAUUUCUUUCCAUUACGGAAAAGAGAGCAGACCAAAUGAGAGCUAUGGGCAUUGAAACUAGUGACAUCGCCGACGUGCCCAGUGACACGUCAAAGAAUGACAAGAAAGGGAAAGCCAACACAGCGAAAGCAAGUGUGACCCCUCAGAGCAGCUCAGAGCUCAGGCCCACCACCACGGCUGCCCUGGGAGCUGGCCUGGAGGCCAAGAAAGGUAUUGAACUGAUCCCUCAAGUGAGGAUAGAAGAUUUAAAGCAGAUGAAGGCUUACUUGAAGCAUUUAAAGAAACAACAGAAGGAGCUCAAUUCUUUAAAGAAGAAACAUGCAAAGGAGCACAGUACCAUGCAGAAGCUACAUUGCACACAAGUUGACAAAAUUGUGGCACAGUAUGACAAGGAGAAGUCAACUCAUGAGAAAAUCCUAGAGAAGGCAAUGAAGAAGAAGGGGGGAAGUAAUUGUCUUGAAAUGAAGAAAGAAACAGAAAUUAAAAUUCAGACGCUGACAUCAGAUCACAAAUCUAAGGUCAAGGAGAUCGUGGCGCAGCACACAAAAGAGUGGUCAGACAUGAUCAACACCCACAGUGCAGAGGAGCAGGAGAUCCGGGAUCUGCACCUCAGCCAGCAGUGCGAGCUGCUCAAAAAGCUCCUGAUCAACGCCCACGAGCAGCAGACCCAGCAGUUGAAACUGUCCCAUGACAGGGAAAGCAAGGAAAUGCGAGCACACCAGGCUAAGAUUUCUAUGGAAAAUAGCAAAGCCAUCAGCCAAGAUAAAUCUAUCAAGAAUAAAGCAGAACGGGAAAGGCGGGUCAGGGAGUUAAACAGCAGCAACACUAAAAAGUUUCUGGAAGAAAGAAAGCGACUCGCAAUGAAGCAGUCCAAAGAAAUGGACCAGUUGAAAAAAGUCCAGCUUGAACACCUCGAAUUCCUAGAGAAACAGAACGAGCAGCUUUUGAAAUCCUGUCAUGCAGUGUCCCAAACGCAAGGCGAAGGAGAUGCAGCAGAUGGUGAAAUUGGAAGCCGAGAUGGACCGCAGACCAGCAACAGUUGUGUGAAACUCCAGGACACAAACUGAAACCACAGAACCACUGCAUCAAAAGAGCACUCCCAAAGUUCUGAACACAAAUUCCGUGGAAGAAAGCUGAUGUCUUUUGCGUUUCCUUUAUGUAUAGACAAGAUGUCACCUGAAACCCACAGAGACUUACAUACUUCUCUUAAAUGUUUUGAAUACUGAAUUUCCUUGGCCAACCAAAAGUAGCUACAAAUCCCCCCAAAUUACGAUUCCAAUAAGGCAGAGUUUACCCAUUGAUCAUACCACUUAAACAUGUUUGCUAUAAAGUACCAUCACAGAUAAAUGAGCUUGGUGUUAACAACUCUGCUUUGUGAUGCAUUAGGACAUGUUUGAGCAAUGGCAAAAAUAGUGUAUUAGCCAUGUGAUAGUAAGCGCAUGCACUAGGGGGAAAAAAAACUCUGUCUACAAAUUUAUCAGCAGAAGUGGUGAUCUGCUAGACAAAUAAUCUGGGGGAAUUUUUCUACAUCUAAGUUACCUCAUCAGUAAGUGCCAAGUCUCCACCAUGCCAUAAGAAGCUAACUUCCUGUAACAGUUGUGGAAAUUAUUAGAACAAUAGAAAAAAAAAAAGAACAGUGUCCCUGUGCCAAAACCCAUCAGUGCUCAAAAGGAGAACUCUGUCAGGCACUUUUAAGAAAGUUGACAUCUGACAUUGCUUUCUAGGAAUUGCUUCUGCCAGUUCCAGAUUAUUACAGCUCACUCUUACACCAUAAAGAUUGUGAAGUGGUUAUUGGCAAACGUUUGUAAAUGUGACCAUGUAUAAAGUAUUUAUACACCUAAUUCUCACUAUCAGAGAGCAAAAUCAUCUAAGUAUUGCCACAUGACAAGAUUAGUAAACAGGAAUACUAGAACUAUGUUUGCAUGAUACACAAGCACCAAUUACGACUGAUCCGUACACAGUUAACCUAAUGCAAGUAAAUACUGGUUAAGAAAAUGUAUGGCACAGAAUAUAAUUUGACUCUCAAGACUUUUAGCAUAAUGAAGAAGUCUAUAUAUAUGUGUAUAUGAAUUAUGUGGGCAUUCUUGAUACUUCAAGUUCUAGUUUCAAAAAAAGAUACAUAACUAAUUUAAUUUUACACAAAAAUAUUUAUGCAGAUUUUCAGAAUUUCAUAUCAGGAAAUAACCUUUUUAUGUCUGUUAAAUAUCAAAACAAUUUGCUACAGUGUUAAUCUGCAUGGCCUUUAAGCCUGCUAUAGUUGUGUUGCAGAGAGUGCAUGAAGAAAUCCCCCCUGGGAAUGGAGCCGUGCCCCAAAGCCCAGAGGAGUGCAUGGAAACUGUAGUCUAGAGCUAAUCAGAUUACUGAUUUUAGGGCACAAACCACCAACUGAAUUGUUGUAUAUGCCUGUACAGAUUGAUUCUGUGUGUUCCUCUGAAUAAAGCAGAGAAAAUUAUGUUACCAUCAAUAUUGAAAUUAAACUUCCAACUUCUCUAAUAAAAAAGGAAAACACAUCUAACACCCGUCAGAGUAUUUGCUCCCAAAGAUGCUUUCCAGUGUACUUUUCCUGUUUCAUAAAAGAUCUCUUCAUUGAAGGGGGCUUAUGCAUGACCCAACACAUUUUGCUCCUGACGCAAAACAGGCUGAUUCUAGUUGACUCCCAAUGUAAAGUACUUGUUUUGUUCUUCUUUUUCUCGUAUUUAUCCUUUGAACUGGCUUCUGUGAAAUUCUCUGGUUCCAAAUUUCCUUAUCUGCAAGACAGUGGAGUUAGACUAUGUAUCUUUCAACACUAACAUCCCAUGAAAAAUGAUGGCUAUUAAAAUGGUACCACAUUUGGAUGGCCAGUUUUCA